AUCGGAUGUUGUUGAAUAGAUGGUAUCAACAGCUGCUGAUGUAGUUUCCUGUGGGUUUGCCUCAGUUCUCCCUUGUGGUUAAAAACUGCAAACAUUUAGAAAGGAAAGCUCAAAGAUGGGGGACAACAUGGAUUUCUCAGAGCAUUAUGGGAAUUUCUUCGAGAAUUAUGUCACAGAAGAUCAUGGGGAGUCUAACUUGUAUUAUGACCCAUUAUUUGGAACCUCUGUGUCAGAACAAGGGCAUUUGUCCAUACGGGUGGUGUCCAUAGUUCUCUGCAGCAUUGCUUGUGUCCUCGGUAUCCCAGGCAACGCCUUUGUCAUCUGGAUAGCUGGAGUGAAGAUGAAGAGGACAGUCAACACUGUCUGGUUUGUAAACCUGGCUGUAGCAGACCUCCUCUGCUGUGUCUCCAUACCCUUCUCCAUAGCUGACAUCAUACUGAACCAACACUGGCCUUAUGGAGAGGCUAUGUGUAAGAUUCUUCCAUCCAUGGUCGUCCUCAACAUGUUCGCCAGUGUCUUCACACUCGUUCUCAUCAGCCUGGACCGCUUUGCCCUGGUCAUCAAGCCUGUCUGGGCCCAGAACCACCGGAGCAUCACCCUGGCCUGGCUGCUCUGUGGUCUGGUCUGGGUCCUGGCCCUGCUCCUCUGCCUCCCCUCUAUGAUCUACAGAGAAAUAGUAGUCCAUGAUGAUAUGAACAUAACACUGUGCAUCUAUAACCACCUACAAGACAAAACUGGGGGCAACCAUUCGGCUAUCAAAGCCACCCACGUCACCAGGCUUAUACUCGGCUUCCUCAUCCCGCUACUGAUCAUCACUGUCUGCUACCUGCUGAUCGGUAGGAAGGUGAGCAGUGGCCGCUUUAAAUCCCAGAGAGCCUUCCAGAUAAUUUUGGUUGUGGUGACGGCGUUCUUUGUGUGUUGGCUGCCUUAUCACGUCAUUGGACUGGUGAUCGAGUAUGGCGAGGAAGCCUCCCAGGUCAUGGCUGUGGAUCUAGAGCCCCUGGCCAUCUCUCUGGCUUACGUCAACAGCUGCCUCAACCCUGUCCUGUAUGUGUUCAUGGGUCAGGACUUCAAGGAGAGGGUCAGGGUUUCUCUACGUAAAAUAUUUGAGAAGGUCUUCAGCGAGGAUGUGACUCUGCGUUCCUCUGUGUACUCCAAGGGACAGUCACAGCUCUCAAAGGCCACCAACUCGUCUGAGGCUCAGGUCUGAGUCAGAAAUGUCAAACGCUCCUGUAUCAGUUACACAAUAUAUGCAGAUGUGUUGAUCUUUCCUGACUAAAGUACUAAAAUGAGUACAUAAAACAUUUUACAAGCAAUUAAGAAAUUAGACUUUGACAAUAACAAAAGAGGGUUUAAAGUUCAGUCUAUGCCUGAUUGAAAUGUUGCAUGCAUGGCUUUUUGUGUAAAGCUGUUGGGUUUUUGUUCGAAAUUUGUCCUAAAAACGCUCAUCUAAUACACUUAUGUUUUUCUUAUCAAUGUAACUAUAAUGGGGUGUGGAGGAAGGAAGUACCAGCACUGUAGAUUACUCUAAUGAAGACAUAACAAAUGAAAAAAGUUUGUCACCCACCCAUCUUACACCUUCACGUAGCACUGCAUCUAUCAUUUCAAAAAACGAACCAAUAAAUAUCAACUGGUGCUGGUUGGUGUAGUUGGUCUCCCGAGUGGCACAGUGGUCUAAGGCACUGCAUCUCAGUGCAAGAGUUGUCACUACAGACCCUGGUUUGAAUCUAGGCUGUAUCACAUCCGGCGCAAUUGGCGCAGCAUCGUCUGGGUUUGGCCGGGGUAGGCUGUCAUUAUAAAUAAGAAUUUGUUCUUAACUGACUUACCUAGUUAAAGGUUAAAUUAAAAGUAUCUAGAUAACCACAUUGUGGUGCUUAAGAGCUUUGAGAAACACCAUAAUUAAACUUGACUAACUCCACAUGCUGCCAGUGAAGUUGUCCCUGAAACUGAAUAGAUUGUUCUGACACAUGAAAAUGAACAUUUCAAUCAGAAUACCCUUUUGCUGACAGGCCUACUCAGAGCUAUCUCCUGUUAUGUGUAUGUGAUGACUCAUUGGGUGGGCUGGAGUUUAAUUGGGACAGGAGUUAGUCAACUAUUAGCUAAUCCUCUGCUGUGAAACUGAAACUUACAUUUCACCCCGAGUUCCCUUUUUAUCUUCCCUGUUUUACAUUCCUCCUAAUGGAUGUAGGAGCCAUAUAAAUAGGAUGACUAGAAUGGACAAAUCCCCUCAGACCACAACAAUGUGGAAGUACACUUAAGGGAAUGUCCGUUCCAGUAAUUAUUUUUCUAUCCUUAAACUUGGAAUCUGCCUUCUAUGUCCUGUAUGAAUAUCAUUGGCCGGUCAAUGCUGUAGUGUGUUGAUGUGGACAAUAAUUACACUUACAUGUUAUACCAUUCAAUCUCAGUUGCAUAUUUUAUAUAUUAAAUCAAUUAUUUUGAUCAGUA